AUGGAUGCGUUUGAGAAUGGAAAACAGCCGAAUAAGGGUGUAGAGGAUAUGGCAGUAGAUGUUCCCGGAUUUAGAAGCCUGACGAUCGCCGAUGUGCGAGCUUUGACCUUCGAAAUAGUGGAUGAGGCAGAGAGAUUCUACUCUACAUAUUCAGCAGCAGUUAGAUUUGGAUGUAUGAAGGAUGGCAAGGGAGAGUCUAACGGUUUGAUUCGGUGGAGGCAGUGGGUCUGCUGCAAGGAAAGGAGUCGAGAUAAAAAGUACUUGGAAGCAGAUGGUUUGAGUCGUACUCCUCGGAAACAGACUAGGGUGAAUUGCCAAGCUAGAUUUCGAAUCAAUUACAAUGAUGGGAGUAGAGUUUAUAUGGUGAAGAUAUUCGUUCUAGAGCAUAAUCAUGAACUAGCUACUGGGAACCAGAUUGCAUUCGUUCGUGCUCAUCGUCAUGUCAGCGAUGCAGCUUUGGCUCUGACAAACACAAUGACAAGGGUUUCAAUCAGACCAUGUCACACGUAUGAGUAUAUGGUGGAGCAGGCUGGGGGAUAUUCGGUAGUGGGAUUCACCAUGAAGGACCUGUACAACAAGCUUGACCAACAACGAUGGACCUCCCUAUUUGAGAGUGAUUCCAAAUGA